CUCGACUAGUAUAGUCUAUAUCCGCGCUCUUUCUCCCGUGGUAGCUUCCACGGCAAUCGAGUGACAGAGCAGUUGUCGCAAACCCCUCUCUCUCCCCCCGGGUGACCCCCAUUUCACGACUUCAAGACUUCAGGACUGGGAGCGGACUAAGUUUGCAACCACCACAACAGACAGCAUGAUGAGUUUGCGCGAUGCGUCGGCCCCUGCGGCCAACAACAAAUUCAACAGCAGUCGCGGGCGUGGGAGAGGCAGGGGCACCGGCUCUCUCUUUCGAGCGUCUUCAUCCCCCGCUCUCCUCGGGAUGGGCACUGACCAGAUGCUGAGCCUCGAGUCGCCCGAGCACCCGCCCGAGGCGACCGCCCAAGCGCCCAUCCUUAGCCUGGCAGGACUGGCAGAGCGGAGCAGCAGCGGAUCUGCUCCUUCUGACUCGGUUCGGCCCAAGCGCGUUACGGUCGGUUUACCCAAGGUGGUGCCCCCCACUCUCGAGGGUCUCCUCCCUGAGCGAGCAUUGAAGGGCAGGCCAUCGACCCUCAGCCCCUCUGAACGAGAGCCCCUCACCGUCUCGACAGCAGGCAGCCCCUCGCCGCGAAAGGGUGUUCGACUGAGUCUGGGAAGGAGUGGCAGCGACAUCGGGGCAGGGACGAGUGAGGUCGUGUCCUCCAGCAGUCAGCACGGCGGCGCCUUCCCUUUCGUGGAUUCCAGCGGCCACAGCGACCUUGAUGCCAUGCGCAGGGCUAUCACCAGUGUGCCGUCUCCGCAGGGCAGCGGGGCUUCGCACGGCGGCCUCUCGCAGUCAUUCACGUCAUCUCAAGGAGAGUCAGCCGCAAGUCGCCGAGAGUCGGCAGCCUCUGCCUCUGGUGCUGCCAAUGAAGGGCUCGUCACGGCAGCCAAGAUCGUCGCGCAGCUGCUGAGUGAGAAUGAGCAGUUUCGCCAACAUGUGCUCAUCUGCGGGGACGUCGUAUCAGCCAUGGACCGCAGCCCCGGGCAGAGGCUUGACGCCUCAGGUCGGUCCUCGCAGCAGCGACGGAAGAGUGCGUUCGCGACAAUGGACAGCGGACUACUGUCAAUGGGAAGCCUCGACGAGAUAUCGGAGAGCUACGAGCGACAGAUGGAGACAAUGGAGAGCGACGAGAGUGACAAGGCACGUCAGGAGGAGGAGCCCAGAAAGAAGGGCCUUUCUUCCCGCAGAGGGUCGCUGACCACCAGCUCUCGGCAGAGAAUGAGCGUCGGCGAGCAGCAGCGACGGAAGAGUGCGUUCGCGACAAUGGACAGCGGACUACUGUCAAUGGGAAGACUCCUCCUCCUGUCGGAGUCCAUUGACAAGGCACGUCAGGAGGAGGAGCAGCUGCAGAAGCAGCUGCGAAACGCCAACGAGGUACGCACGCAUUCAGCAAGCGGACGAGUGGGACACGAGUCUGUUCGCUGUUUUUGUUUCGUCCCCUUUGGUUGGUCGGUGUCAGGAUUUGAAGAAGCUGAGCAACACGAUGGACACAGAAGAGUACAAGAGGUUGCAAGAGCGGUAUGAGGAGAAGGAGGCUGAGCUCGCCACUGUGAAGCGGCAAGUCAACGAGCACAAGCGGGGCGAGGAAAACGCCAAGCGAAAGAACACCGAGUUGCAACAGGUCGGUGCGUCAGGAUUGAAUGACACACCAACUCCUCUCCGGUCCACACAACAUCCAUCUCUGUUGUACACAUGCUUGUGUACGUACAGGCGCUGAUCUGAAGGAGGAGCACGAGCGAGCCCUCGAUCGCAAGCGUCCCGAGGUGGUGGAGGCGCAGCGGAAGGCACACGAGGUCACCGAGCAGCUGCAGCGUCUCAAGGCUGUCUUCAAGGCGAAGGAGCGCGAAAUGGACGACGACGUCAAGCGAGCGGAGCAGGGGUGGGCCGAGGCCAGUAAGCGGGCCCUGCAGCUGCAUGUAGAGCUCAACAAACUCAAAUCCGUGCUUGGUAAGCAAAGCAUCACAGCAUUAAUCAUUCAUCAGACAAGCCUUCGUUUGUCUUUGUCCGUGUGUCUGUCUGUCUGUCUGUCUGUCAGAUGAUUACAAUUCCAAGGCCGCGAAUCUCACCAACGUAAGCCAAGGAGUAUCAACAACCACACACUGACUUGAACAUUGUGCUGUCUGGGUGGCUGCCCUUUUUAUGACCGAUCAGUUGGUUCGUGCUCUUGAGGCGAAGGAGUCCAGCUUCUCAGAGUCGCUGCAGGACCUCAGAUCGCAGCUCGCCACUGGGGGUAUUCCCAAGCCACACCAGUACCCACAAAGCCCCCCCAGAGGAGCCACACUCACCAGAACACCCGUGAGUGAAGUGAAGAACACAGACCUCUUCGCGCGACUGUGGUACCUGUUCCUCAUUGUGUGCGGCCAUAGGGUGGUACAGUGAGUCCCGGUGCUCGACCCGCCUCACCGGCAGAGCAGUUCCAGGAGCUCGUGACUGAGUUGCAGUCACUGCACUGCCAGCAAGUCUGCGCUGCUCAGGUUCUCAGGCGCCACCGCGGCCAUGCACAACAAUCACGGCAUCUGUCCUGUCAGGUUCUCGAGAACCUUCUCAGCGAGUGUGAAGACUACAAGAGAAGGUGAAUGAGGAUGACCUACCUGCAAAUACGUGGGUCGUGAUGCGUGUCCUGUCUCGGCCCCUCAGGUAUGAGAUGAAGGUCGGCGCGCUCGGCGCCACCCAGGAUGAGAUGCGCGCAUCCGCUCAACGAGAACAGGAGCUGCAGACUAACGUAUGUGCACACAAAUGUAUCCCUCAAGCCAUCCAUUAGACACACAUCCUCUUUUCAUCACUAAUCAGAUUCGCGACAAGACUCGGGAGCUGGGUGAGUGUCAGCAGCGACUGCGGCACGUGCAGGGCGUGCUCGAGCAGUCGGAGAAGGACAGGCUGGAAAUCAGACAGAAAUACGUCGAAGUCGGGGAGAAAUUCGAGCGGCAAGUCACUCAUCCAAUCCACACCUAAGGCGCCUCACCCAAGCGAUUUGUAUUAUGUGUGCAGGUACAUCCAGCCAGUGGAGCGUGAGAACAAGGCCGCUAAGGUACCUAUCAUACACACACACACACACACAUCGAUGUGUGGAAUGUGGAUGCCAGGCUGCGUUUGUGCAGACUCAGCUUGUCCAGUACAAGAAGGAUAGGAUCAAGUCCAUAGUCAGUCAGGUGCAUGGCAUGAAUGUCAUGAUGAGUGAAGCUGGACCACCUGCAUGCCAUGCUGACGGCCUACGGCUGUCGUGUUCCAUACAGACGGAGAUCAGCACGCUCAAGAAGCAGUUGGUCGUCAGUGAACAGGAGCGGGAGAAUCUACUCAUACAAAUCAAGGUGGGUCAGUCAGACACACCGAUGCACUCACUGAUGAUGCACAGAUUUCUCGCCUUUUUCUCUGUGUCAGUAUCUGAUGAAGCAGCUGGCGCUCGCCGAGGCGCGCAAGGACCAAAUCCCGCUCGAAAAGCAUCAAUCCAUCCUGCAGGCAAGACAUAUGAGCAGCUUCCAGAGACAGACGCGUGGAUGUACAUACACAGAUACUGCCAAUUUUGAGGCUUUAAGCUGCUUGUAGGGGCGUGUAAGCGUGUGAAGGAUGGACCUGUGAGAGUGUGUCGGCCGAGACCUGUGCAGUUGUGUGUGUGUGUGUCACGGACGCACGGAGGCUACAUUGAUUGCGACAAGGAUGGAGCGGAGCGGGUGAACGGUCUUGUCUCUCCCACACAGCACAGUGCAGCACAGUGCACACGCACACGCAGGGCCUACACUGACACACAUGAUAC